UCAAUCAAUUGAUUGAUCGAUCGAUACGUUGACAUUCACAUUGAACCUCAAUCAUUAGGAAUGAAACAACAUCGACAUUAUGAAUACAAAAUAUCAUCGAAAUGGCCAUCAACAACAACAACAACAACAACAAAAACAGCGUAAAAUCGAUGAAGAUGAAGAUGACUAUUAUUAUUACAUUGAUAAUGAUAGACCAAGAAAUUUUCGGCCACCAUCAUUAUCUAUUAUAACAUUAACUUCGGAAACAUCGAAAUUAUUCUUACAAUCAUCACAACGAAGACGAUCACAUCUUUCGAAUAUAUCGGCCAUUGAUAUUGAAGAAGUACCGGAAGAAGAAGAAGAAGAAGAAAAUGAAGAAACUAAAGUCGAACAAAAAGAAAAUGAUGAUAAUGAUCAUUUGGAAUCUAAAAUACAAAAUACAAAAACAGUAAAUCGUUUUGAAAAUUAUCGCCCAUCAAUUAAACGAAAUAUAACAAAAAACGACAAUGAAUCUUCAUCCUCGUCAUCAUCAUCAUCAUCAUCAUCAUCAAUGGUACGGACAAAAAAGAGUCCAAUCGAACGUCGUUUAUCCAGGAAAUUUUCCGACUCUGAUCUGAAAAUUCGUUCCAUUGUUUAUGGCCAAAAUGAUCCGGAUGAUUCGAAUAAUGAAGAUUAUGAGGAACAAACGACAUCAAAGAAUAAGGAAAUCAUAAUUCGACCCGAACAUUUGAAUAAUGAAAAUUAUCAAGCGCCAAAACGUUUAUUUGAACAAAGUCGAAAUCCUCAUCAAAAACAGCAGCAACCAAAUGGUGGCAGUAAACUUGUUUUACAUCGAUUAAAUCGUCUUCGACAAGUUGAUGAUUCUAUAUCAAAUAUUAUCGUUCCACAAGCAAAAUCGAUAUUAAAAUCACCAACAACCGAUCAUCCACCACAAUUACAUUCAUCUAAUAAUCAAUAUGGUAGUGAUAUGGCAUCGAUUGGUGAAUGUUCUAUAGGUCUUUCGGGUGAACAAUUACAUCAACAAAAUAGUGAACAAUUGAAAUUGAAUGAACAACAAAAUCAAUUAAUGUGUUCACGUUUAAUUAAAUUAUUAUCGAUUAUGUAUGCAUUAUUUUUGGUUGUCAUCGGUGCAAUGAUUACAAUCGGUGAUAUGGACAAAGCAACCAAUGAUCAAGAUCAUCUAUAUUCAAUAUUGAUUACUGCCAUUGGCAUAGCAUUUCUUGUAUUCAUUCAUGUGGAUGUUCAACGUCAUAAAAAAUUCGUUUUGAAUUGGCAACAACGCCGUAAAGAAUUGAUUGAAUCACCAUUGCUCAAAUCGAAUGAUGAUAAUUUGGAAUUAAAUAUUGAUUCUAAUGGUGAAAAUGAAAUUGUUAGUAAAGAAUGUGAUUCUGUAUCCGUAACAACAGCCGUCAUAUUUAAUCGUGUUUAUCAUAUGAAUAAUGGCCAUAAUCAAUUAGUUGAUUUGGAUGAUCAAACACGCCAAUCAUUAAAUGGUUAUCGAUUUUUAACUGGUAAACAUUCUGGAAGUUUUUUUCUUAAAAUAGGAAUGACAUUAUUCUGUAUGGGUAGUAUCAUUCACCAGGGAAUUAAUCUAUCAUUUCAGAUACAUUAUUUCAGUAUAAAUGCAAGUGAUUGUCGUAAUGGUAUAUCAUUAGCUGUUUAUCUUAUACGAUGUAUAUCGGCAUUCUAUCAACUUUAUAUUGCAUUCAAAUAUUCCAAUUUGAUCAUCAACCGUAAUCAAUGGAUAGUUCGUUUUGGCCUAAUGCAUCUUGUUGGAUCAUCAUUAUCAUUUUGGGUAUCGACCAUUAUUGAAGAAGCUGUACAUGGUUAUAUGGAAAAAAUUAAAGCAAUGAAUGAAGCUGAUAAUAAAACCUGCACACCAAAUACAGUAUUCUUACAAGAUGCUUAUAAUCAUUAUAUUCAAUGUUUAAAUAAAACAUUAGCCGAUUUUGAAUCAAUCGAUGCAUUACCAUUACUUUAUCCGUUUUCGGUUGAAUUCAACAUUAUUCUUGCAUCAGUAUGGUAUGUUGUUUGGACAAAUAUUGGUAAUAUUGAUUCGAAUUCAGAAAUGCAUACAGUGAAUGAAGAAUUGAAUGAAGAUCGUCACACUGGAAAAAUUGAUAUCGUUUAUCGUUCCAAUGUAACUAUCUCGGCUGAUUGUCAUGCAUCAAAUAUAGGAAUGUUUAGCGGAUUUUUCUCUCUACUUGCCACAUUGAUAACGAUAAUCAUAUUUUUCACAACAAUCAGACAUGAUACAUAUAAGACAAUCGGUAUCGCUAUCUAUACGGCUCAAUUGACAUUUUUAACUACUUGUUGUGCUAUUACCGUACCUAUGGCAUUUCGACAAACUAUUGGAUUGAAUGUAGCUAAACAUUUAGAUUCACCACAAACAGUAAUGGAUGAUUUUCUACUGGUUAUUCCAUUACCAUUCUAUUAUAUUCAUCAUAUACUUUGUAUCUAUUCGGAAAUUUUACAAUUUACAUUGAACAGUGUAUUUAUGGCAAUCUGUUAUUUGUUAAAUAUUAUACAGGUUACAUUGCAAACACCAUUUAUAAUUGAUGGUAUACGUCGUUGUUCAAAUGAACGACGUUUACGUUAUAAAAAACCCGGUAAACAAUUGAUCACAUUUAACAUAAUUAUUAAUAUUACCUUAUGGAUUCUAAUAACAUUCGAAAUGAAAUCUGUUGAUAAAUAUCAUUCAAUGGGAUCUAAAUAUGGAAAAUUUGUCUGGAUGAUCAUAUUGGAUACAUGUUUACCAUUAAUGUUAUUCUAUCGAUUUCAUUGUUCAGUUUGUCUGGCUGAUAUGUGGAAAAAUUGUUAUGAAAAAGAUGAACAUUGAUUUCAAAUUUAAAAAUUGCAAAAAAAAUUAUUUCAUUGAGAAUAUUAACAAAAAUAAAAUAUCACUACA